ACCGGCACCGGCAGCGGGGACGGCUGGCGGGGAGAGCGGCCCCGCAGCGAGGAGGACAACGAGCUGAGCCUGCCCAGCCUGGCCGCCGCCUACACCUCCAUCCUGCGGGCGCUGGGAGAGGACCCGCAGCGGCAGGGGCUGCUCAAGACGCCCUGGAGGGCGGCCACCGCCAUGCAGUUCUUCACCAAGGGCUACCAGGAGACCAUCGCGGAUGUCCUGAACGACGCCAUCUUCGAUGAAGACCAUGAUGAGAUGGUAAUUGUGAAGGACAUAGACAUGUUCUCAUUGUGUGAGCAUCACCUCGUUCCAUUUGUUGGAAAGGUGCACAUCGGGUAUCUCCCCAACAAACAAGUGCUCGGCCUCAGCAAGCUGGCAAGGAUUGUGGAGAUAUACAGCAGAAGAUUACAAGUCCAGGAGCGCCUUACCAAACAAAUUGCAAUCGCCAUCACAGAAGCCUUACAGCCCGCCGGGGUCGGCGUCGUCGUGGAAGCCACGCACAUGUGCAUGGUCAUGCGUGGGGUACAGAAAAUGAACAGUAAAACUGUCACCAGCACAAUGUUGGGGGUGUUCCGGGAGGAUCCAAAGACCCGCGAAGAAUUCCUGACGCUCAUCAGGAGCUGAACUGUGUUGCCCUCUGGAUGCACUCUGGGCUGUUCUGUCCCGUGUCGCUGUCUGUCCUUGUUCCCACAUCCCGCCUCUAAACGAAAUCGUUGUGAAUUGUUGUUGUAGUCUUUGUGCAGUGAAAGCCUUCUGGUGGCAAGGCUGGGAUGGGGGAGGCUCCUCCUGGAUUUCCACUGACGCUGAUGUCGCAGGAUUGCAGCCUACAAGGAGGGGUUGGGAAAUGUUUUUCCACCCGUAAUGCAGAAUAUCCCACUGGCAGGAGAGAAGGGGGGCUUGGGAGUGAAAUGGAUAUUUAUGAAAUAGUCAUGUCUGUUAGAAUAAAUGUGGAGCAGCGCAGGAAACAACUGAAAGGCUGUGAAUCGUUGUAGGAUUGGGAUUGUCCUGAAUUAUUUGGCUCUGUUUUAUUGCAAGUCCUGCAGUGGCUGUUUGAGUACCUGGGUAUGUGUGUUCCACCUCUGAGAUGUUACCUCUGCUGUGUUGUAUAUCCUUGCUAGUAUUAUCCUUCAUUUUUUGUGUA